GCUGAAAGGUGAAUGUGCAAGGAAGCAGCUGUGGAGGUGUGUGUGUGUAGAUGUGUGUCAGAGAGUGUACGGCUGGGACAGACAGUUAAAGACUGAAGAGAUUUGCUUCCUUCAGAAAUUAAUCACCACAGACCAGUGGCAGGAGCUGGCUCCUCGGGACAAGCUCCCUGGAUUUCUUCUGCAUCAGGAGGAGAGACAGAAGAGAGGCAGAGGAGGUGGGAAGUUGCGAAAUUUGGUUUCUUUUCUUUUCUUCCCUUGCCUUGCCUUUUCUUUUCCUGGACUGGGAGCCAGCUUGAGGCACUUGAACCUGAUAUGCCAACUGAAAUCUCUCACACUGUGAGAAUGCAUGCCAUCUCUGGCUUCCAUUCCUCACUCACAGCCCGGCUUCUCCACAAGGGUCCAGAAUACCUUCGCAAGCAGAUGGAGGCGGGCAACCCGGGCAAGAAGAGUGCCGUGGAAAGACUGGCAGCUGAUAAGGCCAAGUAUGUCAAAAGCCAGCAGGUCAUCAGCGCCAAGCAGGAGCUGGUGGCGGUGACAACGGCGCCCAGUUCAGCUUCUGAGAGCAGCAGUGAGAGCUGUUCGGUGGAAACCAAGCAAGCCAAUAGCUCGGCCGAGGGGCAAAUCACCAGGUCCAGAGUCGCUGGCACCAUGGAUUCGGGCCCUGCUCCCCUCAAGUGUGGCCCUCCGAUCGUGAGGCGCAGCUUUGGCAAGAGGCAGGUCAGACCAGACUCCUUAGUGAUCUACCGUCAGAAAUGUGAGUUUGUGAGAGGUCAAAGCCAGGAAAGUGCUCGUGGGAGUUUGGUGAGAAGGUUGUUCCAGGGCUCCCUCAAGGAAAAACAACUGGCUCCUGAGGUGUCCAAAGUCAUCCUCAAGGAGGAUGUUGCACCGCAAACAGAAGGGACUGGGUUGAUCAAAGAGACAAGCCAUAACCCUGACCUGGCAGGGUGGUCUGUGCCCACAAAAACAAGUCCGGCAGCUAUUCUCACCAGCAGAUGUGAAAACACCUCAAAUUUGACGACAGCACCUCAUGAGGCAAAAGAGGCGCGGCGGAAAGGUUUACAUCGUUCCCAGUCGGACAUUAGUUCUCGCUAUUCAAAAUCUUUCUCAGAGUUGGACACUUUCUUUAAGUACUGCGGCCUUGAACCUGAUGUGAUAGAGGACCUUGGCCAAGAGAAUUUCUCCGUGGUUUCUGACAACUUCUCCUUCCGGAUCCGAAGCAUCAGCAUGGCCACAUCAGAGAGUGACUUCACGAGGCACAGCGGCGACGACGGACUCUUGGAAGAGGAACUUACAGAACAGGUCCCGACGGGCACCUCAGUGAUAGAACGCAACGCUCGGAUAAUCAAAUGGCUGUACACUUGCAAGAAGGCCAAGGAGGUGAACCCCAGGCUGCAGGAGUUUGCAUAAAGACAGUGUCUGUCCGAACACUUUGUGUCUGGGAUUGAUGUAGAGAUGGAGACUGAGGGAAAGAGACCAUGGAUUUCCAGCACUCAUUUCUAGCACUCUUCUUCGUGUGCCCAGCUGAAACCUGUGGGACAACAAGACUCUGUUAAAGGGUGAAAUUCAACUUUUUGCUAGGAAUCAACUAUUUAUCCUGAAAGAGCAAGGAACAAUAAGAGCUAAAAUGCAUAGAACUGGAAGUCAUCACCAUUCCUCAUGCCAUCAUGAACAAGUGGAAGAGAACAGUGGUGUUCAUUCACAUGGAGAAUUUCUCUGAUCUUUAAUUAUUUAGCAAACUGGAAAGCCAGAGCUGAUCAUCCUCAUGAGUUGUUUCACAGAAGAUGGCUUCUCAGAUUUGCAUCACUUCUCUCACAUAAGACCCCAGCAUGUGUACUGUUGGGUCCGACAAAUACAUAGGUCUACUUUGUAGUGUAUAUAUGAGCUGUGACUUCUUAGUACAUGAACGUAUGGUAAAAUCAGAGCUCAGAAAAGUUUUCUUUUGGAUCACAUCUCGCAGAAUUCCCAAACAAUCAAAACCACAAUGCACAAGGGAUUCUGGAACGUGCGGUCCAGAACUUCUGAGUUCAGGGCAAGAUAGACAUUGACUGGCAUUCCAUCAAUGGAAUGCAGAGUGUAAUGUUUACAUCCUUUAUUGAUCCCCUGAGCUUUAAAAAAAAUGGCUCCAAAGUUUUUGGGACUAAUCCUCUAAAAACACAAGGAACAGCAAGGAAAAGAGACCAGUGAAAGCCAUGCUUUCUUUUCAUCAGUGGAAUCCUCCACUGAAUUGCAGUUCUGAACCUUCAGUUCUGAGAAGGCUAGAUCCAUGCCAUGGUUUUCCUGUUAGCUGGUUACACAACUCUCCUGUGUGGGAGUUUGUUGGGCAAAAAGAUUAGAAAAUGGUAUGCCUGCUCAAUCCCACACUGCCAGAUCAACAUGGUUUAUCCAUUCCUUCCUGCUUAUGAGAUGAUCCCCCACAUGGUCCCUUUUCAAAUAAAUGUAAAAGUGGAACUCAGUUUACAUUUAUUUAGUUAUGAAAAGAAAGAGAAAAGAGGCUGUACUGAACAAAGCCUAGGCAGCAGAAUAAAUAAGGGGUACAUACUGCCUUAUACAGAGGAAGACCAUUGCUCAACCUGGCUCAACAUUGUCUACAACUAAUUCAUGAUCUGGUUCUCCCCCCCAAGGUUUUGAGCUUUAGCUCUUAUCCACCCAAAUUGGUAUGGCUAAAAUUCAGAAAUGGUGGGAGAUAAAGUCUCCAAUCUCUACCAGGUUGGAAAAGACCAGUAGUAGCAUCUCAACCUUUACCAAACGGAUCAGGAGGGGAUGGGAAAUCAAGUCUGGAACUUUCUGUGUUGCAAAGCAUGUUCUCAGCCAUUAAGCUACAGCCCUUCUUCAUAGCCUGGGCCUUGACUUGAUUUCUAUCUUUCUUUCCCAGUACAUCGUCAUUAUACCCCUGAAAACCAGCCCUUGAACACUGAGAGAUCCUUUCACAUAGGAGCCAAAGUAGCACCAAGAAUGUAAGCAGAAAAGUAAAACAGGAGCUUGCACUCUUUCUUUCUCUAAAGAUAGUAAUAUCUUCUCCUUGUGUGCAAGAGGCAGCCGAAAUGCGAGAUGACAAGAAGAAGGUUGGAAACAAUGGCCUUGUGCUUGGUGUUCAAGAAUGAUGUUGUUCCCUUAUAACCCAGUUAAGCUGAAAUAUAGAAAUGCCCGGUCUAGACAGGCCUGUAGGCACACAGCUGCCAAGGGUGGUAGCAGUGUCUCUGAGAAGAUGGCUUCCGACUGUGGUUUUCAAAACAAGUUCUGCUCCUUUGCUUCUUAAGAAGGACUGUUAUUUACUCCAUAUACACAUGCACAAAUGGGUAUGCACCUACUCCUCUUGUCCUGCCCUACUAGUGUUGUAUGUAAAAAGCAAAAUCUGCAAAAAAACAUUUUGGUUGAGGGGAUUUAUUUUUAAUUCGAUUUAAUUUAUUUUUAAAAGGCAUGCUUUGUAACCAAACCUGCUGUAAUUGAAGUGACUGGAUAAACUGACAUUUUCAUAUGACUUUUUCUUCUUUUUCUUUUUUUUGCUGAGCUAGAUAAGCUUCUGGCCUGAUCCAGCAGUAC